AUGCUUUGCCACGUUACCCGUCCGGACUCGGUGGUGAUGGAAGUGGAAGUUGAUGCCAAGGCGAACGGAGAAGACUGCUUGAAUAAGGUUUGCAGAAAGUUGGGGAUCAUAGAAGUGGACUAUUUUGGUCUACAGUUGACGGGCAGCAAAGGAGAGAACCUGUGGAUGAACCUGCGAAAUCGCAUCUGCCAGCAAGUAGACAACGUGACGCCGUGCCGGCUGCGGCUUCGCGUCAAGUUCUUUGUUGAGCCUCAUCUCAUUCUACAGGAGCAAACCAGACACGUCUUCUUCACUCACGUGAAAGAGGACCUCCACAACGGCCACCUGCGCAUGGGCUCGGAACAGGCAGAGGAACUGAGCGCCCUGCUGGCCCAGGCGGAAUUCGGUGACUACAACCAAAACACGGCCCGGUACUGGUACUCGGAGCUCUGUGGCGAGGAGCCCUGUCCCGCGACUGUCAACAGCAUGGUGUCCAAACACAAGGCCUUGCGAGGCUUGAGCCAGGCCUCUGUGGAGUACCAAGCCCUACAGCUGGUCUCCUCGCUGGAACAUUACGGCGUGGAAUGGCACUGGGCCCGCGACGCCAACGGACAGCGAUUGGCCAUCGGCGUGGGACCCGAAGGCAUCGCCGUGUGCAAGGAGGACUUCGGCCUCAUCAACCGAGUCAGCUACCCCGUCAUCCAGAUCGCCACCCAGUCUGGCAAGACCGUGUACCUGACGGUCACCAAGGACAACAAUGACAGCGUGGUACUUAUGUUCAAGCUCAUCAGCAACCGCGCUGCUAGCGGCCUCUACCGCGCCAUCACAGAGACGCACGCCUUCUACCGGUGCGACACGGUGACCAACGCGGUGAUGAUGCAGUACAGUCGCGACUUCAAGGGCCACCUGGCCUCGCUCUUCCUCAACGAGAACAUCAACCUGGGCAAGAAAUACGUCUUUGACAUUCGCCGCACCUCCAAGGAAGCGUACGACUGCGCCCGCCGCGCACUCUACAACGCCGGCGUGGUGGACUCUGCGUCCCGCUCGGGGGGCGAGCGCUCACCUGGUCGGAGAGAUGGCUCGGACGACGACGAAGGCUCCGACUGCGGCAGCUGCCGGCAAAGCCGGGCACUUCAGGAGAGGCUUCACAGAGUGCGCGACGCGCUCCUGUGCACACUGUGUUGCGAAGAGCAGAUCGACGCCGCCUUUUGUCCGUGCGGACACCUGGUGUGCUGCCAGACGUGCGCCGACCAGCUCCAGGCCUGUCCGGUGUGCCGUUCAGAGGUGGAGCACGUGCAGCGUGUCUACCUGCCCACUUGCGCCAGCCUUCUCAACUUGGCCAUAGCCGACCAACGGGCCAACGCCGUCCCCGUCUCCAUCCACCACAAUUUGGACGACCCCCGCGGCCCCGACGGCUACGACAAAAUCUUCACGCACACGUGA